CGGAGCCGUUGAAAAGAUCUCAAAUGGGAAAAUAAUCUUAGACGAUGCAUCAUCAUCGACAAUGGGGGCAACAGCGACAGUUGAAUGUGAUCCGGGCUAUAAGGCAAGCCGGGAAAAAAUAAAGUGCCUAAAAACUGGGAAAUGGGGAAAAUCAAGUUGCAAAAUAAAAGAUUGCGGAACCGUUGACAAAAUCCAAAAUGGGAAAAUAAACUUAGACGAUGCAUCAUCAUCGACAAUGGGGGCAACAGCGACAGUUGAAUGUGAUUCUGGCUAUAAGGCAAGUCGCGAAAAAAUAAAGUGCCUAAAAACUGGAAAAUGGGGGAAAUCAAGUUGCAAAAUAAAAGAUUGCGGACCAGUUGAGAACGUUCGCAAAGGAAAAGUAGUCCUUGACAAUAAGUCGACAUCGACGGUUGGGGCAACAGCAACUUUGAAAUGUUUUCCAGGGUAUAAACCAAAUCAAGAGAAAAUAGUUUGCUUGAACACAGGGAAAUGGGAAGAAACAAGGUGCAAAAUCAAAGACUGUGGAUCUCCAUUAAAUGUGACCAAUGGUAAUUUGCACUAUAACGGAACAACGUUUGGAUCAAUCGCUUCUCUGGUCUGUGAUACAGGAUAUGAUGGAAACGGGACAAUAAGCUGCCUUGACACUGGCAGUUGGGAAACACCACCAAGAUGUUCUAUUAAAGACUGUGGGUCUCCAUUAAAUGUAACCGAUGGUAAUUUACACUAUAACGAAACAACGUUUGGAUCAAUCGCUUCUCUGGUCUGUGAUACAGGAUAUGAUGGAAACGGGACAAUAAGUUGCCUUGACACUGGCAGUUGGGAAACAACACCAAGAUGUUCUAUUAAAGAUUGUGGGUCUCCAUUCAAUGCGACCAAUGGUGAAGUGCACUAUAACGCAACAACGUUUGGAUCAACCGCUUCUCUGGUCUGUGAUAGAGGAUAUGAUGGAAGCGGAACAAUAAGCUGCCUUGACACUGGCAUUUGGGAAACACUACCAAGAUGUUCUAUUAAAGACUGUGGAUCUCCAUUAAAUGUGACCAAUGGUAAUUUGAACUAUAGUGCCACAACGUUUGGAUCAACCGCUUCUCUGGUCUGUGAUAGUGGAUAUGAUGGAAACGGGACUAUUAGCUGCCUUGACACUGGCAGUUGGGAAACUCCACCAAGAUGUUCUAUUAAAGUUCCUGAAUGUCCUGGAGGAUGGAGCAGAUUUGAAAAUAGUUGUUAUCUGCGUGUAGAAAAUGCGACGACAUGGGAAAUUGCCAAAAAUGAUUGCGAGUCAAAUAAAGGAUACCUUGUUGAAAUCAUCUCUAGCUCUGAAUACGGCUUUCUUCAAGGGAAUCUCAAUAUUCGAGGCAAGUUAAACGUUAUAACAGUAUAGCAUUUAAAGGGACCAGCUUAUUACUUUAUAGUUGUUUUGAGUUUACGUUGCAGCAACACAUUUAAUACCUUAUAGCGACUUCCUUAUUUGUUUGGUUCAUUUUGUGUAUUUUACCAAUAACAUGUUCUUACAAUUUUUAACUUACCAAGUUUUAAACGUCGGUGUAAUCGAGACCCGUCCCUGCACACACGUAUCUCACUGGAAAGAACCCUUUGCUCUAACCAGUAAACAUACAUAUGUACGUUCGAAUUGAUUUUGACGUUUAAAAAUUAACGAAGCAAAGGUUUGCUGUAAAGUUUUAUUUUGGAUAUCUGAUUGGUCCAAUUUAAAAUCUUCAAGUUAGCUCCAGUUUGGCAUUUUUACAAUAAUGCAAUCAGAUCUUUUCCAAAGGACACUGCCGAACGAUCUGAUAUUUAACAUUUUAUGAAAACCCAAGAUCAUUUAAU